UAUUUCUAUAUUACUGGGGUUGUUUUGCUCGCACCUUAUUUUCGUCUAUUUUGCGGGAUUUUUCUCUUUGGAACCAGGAAGUGUUAAAAUGCUACCACUAAAAACUACAAACUUCCGGUGUACUUCCACAAUCUAUUUUCAGUGUACUCUUGUAGUUCAACAAAACACCUGUGAGGGGCGCUUCGAUCUGAACCGGAAUAGACAAUUUAACCACUGGGAGGAGGUUAUAACACACCGUAUGACAUCAUGGCGAGUACAGGUUGAACGAGCGAGCUACUUCAGCUUAUAGCAGAAUCACUGUGACAAAGACAGACUGUUUGUCACAGUUCAUGGUCACAUGCCUGAAAAGCGCAGCGAAAAUGGAAUGCUCAGACGGCAGAGAUGGCUACAGGGGCCGGAGUGGUUAUUUUUCUGCAGCCCAGCAAUCAGUUCUAGUAGCUCCGAACCAAGAUGGCGGACCCAUGGUGUGUGCGGAACUGGCGUCUGAUUCUAACAAGGACUAUCCAGAGACACUGAAAAGCGGACCGACUGAAUUGAAAUACAGUAGUUCUCCCUCACCAUAUCUGAAACCGAUGGAAGACACCCCACGGCUUAACUUUCAAAUCCCAAGGAAGAGCAAAGAAAAGAGAGCUCUGUUCCAGUAUGUGUCGUCAGAGUCCCGGGAGUACACGGACAUAUCAAAGAUCAUCACUUCUGGUUAUAAGGACUCUUCUUCAUGGGGGAGUUACCGCUACACCAAGCAUUGCCUUGUUCACAGUGAACUUCAAGAGAAAGAUUUCAUCGAGAAGAGACGGGAGCUGAAAUUGGAGGGCCGCUCAGAAAAGGAGAUGGUGGAGUCCUAUUGCUUCCUCCUUUGUGAAAGCUACAAGCUGCAGUCCGUCUGUGACAAAGGCUUGCAUGUUGGCCACAGCUGGAUGAACAUGCUGGGGAGUCCCUCCAAGGGUGUUUACUUGUGUAAGUACUCAGAUUUACUCCAGAUAAACCCUUCUGAGCCUGGAGCCACUGGAGAGAUAAUCAUCUUUAAAGUGAUCAAGGGUAAAAUGAAGAGUAUCUAUGAUAACAUGUCCAGAAGCCUAGAUCCCACCCCAAAAUUUGACAGCCACAUUUCCAAGAACUUUUCUCGAGUGGCAUCUCAUCGUUCCUACAGAGCCUUCGAGCACACCCAGCAAUACUUUUACGAGUACAGACAUGAUGUGCGGUCCCGACCAAGGCACAUCUGUCCACAUGCUGUGGUGACCUUCCAGUUCAAAGGCAAAGAAGCAGCCCCUCUUGCUAAGCCUAUGCCUCUCCUCAGGUCCAACAGCUUCACUCAGGAAAAGGUAUGUUUUUCCCAUCUGUACUGUUUCGUAGCACGAAAGAGCAGCUAUAUUCUGUGGAGUGGCCAUCUGACCAAUGGUGGGAAGGAUGUUUACCACGUGUCCUUCCGCUCCCUCUCCCACCCCAUCCUGCCAUUUAAACUUGCAGACAAAAUGGAGAUUGGUACGGUGAUGCACCUGGAACAGGUGAAGCUGAAGAUCCCCCCCGCCCUGUUCUCUUGGGAUCUCUUCAGUGGGAGUCAGGAGGUGUUUAAGAAAGGCUCCCACUGUUGUCUGUUUGAAGUAGUGGAAAAAAACAAAUGUGGCAACAGCUUGACUGUUUUGCUCUACAAGCUUGAGCGCGAGAGACUGGUCCUCGUGAAUGCAGUCAGUGAUCGAGGCUUCUUCUUCCUGCUGUCGUCUGCUCAGAUGGCCAACCCUAGUGAGAGAAGAGAUGGAUGGAAACAAUCUCAUCUCCUGGCACUUUUCAUCUUCCCCGAGUCAAGAGACGUGGCCAAAUAUUCGCUGAAGGCCUCGUGCGCUCCCAGUCCCCUGCAUGUGUCUCAGCCCCCAGACCUGCCCCAGCUCAACGUGUUCGUUCCAGCCCUUCACUUUGCUCUCAACAAGGUGCGCUGCACCCCGCAGGCCAGUCCGCCAGCCAACCCCGGCACCGCCGUGGCCCAGCAGGUCUGCGACUACCUCAGCUGGGCAGCGAGAGGGCAGGCUCUUGCCCCGCGUACAUGUCGACUACACCAGAAGCUGGACGACCGGGAGCGUCUCUUCGCUGCUCCACGGAACAAGGUCAACCUGGACGCCUACCUGCACUCCUACAUCUGUUGUCCCAACCUCUACUACAUCCCCGUGGCCAACGCCCAGGCCAUGAUGGACAGCCCACAGAAGCCGCCGGAGGAAGGCCGCCCUGCUGCCUCCAGUCGGGAGUUGGCAGCAGAAGGGUCCGGAUCGGGAUCGAACGGUCCUGGGGUGGACGAGGAUCCAGAGAAGGUGCAGCAGCUGCUCAAACUGAUCCAGAUCCAGAAGCAGCAGGCAGGGAAGGGGCUGGAGGCCUCGCCAGCCACUGUUCCUGGUGUUCCUGGUGUUCCUGGUGUUCCUGGUGUUCCUGGUGUUUCAGGUGUUUCAGGUGUUUGUCUUGCUUUCUCCUCAGAUGAUGGUCCACCGACAGCUCCCUCACUGGCCGAGGUCAUGAGUCUUGUGGGACUGUGUGACACUGACUUGAGGAAGAACAAGACUCGGGAUGCAUUGAAGUUAAUGGAGAUGCUGGACACCAUCAACAAAACAGCCCCGGCGGCUGCUUCCACCGCGGGGCCCCUCGAUGGGGGCAUGGAGACGACGGAGGCGACAGAAGAGGGGGGGGGCGACCCCGCUACUGAAACGCUGGAGGAUAGCAUGCUGAAGCUCGGCCUGCCCAUUAACUGCGACACCGACUUGCGCCGCAAGAAUCGUGUGGACCAGGAGGAGGAGCCGGAGGGAACGGACUUUUUUGAGGAGGAGUCUGUUGGAAGCAUGAGCAGCCUGGAGGCCUUCAGCCCUUGUUCAGACCACGGCCAUCAGCGAGGGACCAACAUCCUUGGGGAGAAGUCAAUCCCGUGGGUUCUCAUACCCAUCACAGGUAUUAAAUCUGGAGGAUACAGCCAGAGACACUGGGACAAUCCACAGGACCCACGCUUACUACACUCUACGGCCGAUUCACAGGAACCCUCUCGUGACACAGAACCCGUCACCACAUCUGAACCAGUUGCCAGUUACCAAGAGCCUCCUCAGUCAGAGUUGGAGGAAACUCUGAACGAACCUGUUAAAGAACCUGUGAAGGAGGACAGGAAUGGGAAGAGCGACCCUCAGCCUCCAGUGGAAGAGGGGGUCUCGGAGGAGAAGAACUUGACGGAUGAAUUGAAGUCAUCGCACUGUCAGGAACAACGUAUUCAACAGCAGCAGAGUGUUGUCGACAGCAUUGUGAGCGAGCAGCUCAGUGACUUCUCCGCGGGGGUGACGAGCCUCCUGAAGCGGAAGCAGGUGUCCUACAGGGCUCCUCCUCCUGGCCCGCUCUCUCCUCCUCCUCCUCCCGCGGCACAGCUCAGCACACCCAUGAGGCCCUUCUCUGAUUACGUGGCCCUCCACCAUGCUCCGGUGCCCCUGUAUGGCUUCGUCAGAACCCUGCGCAAUAGCCUGACUUCUUACAUAGACUCCCAUCUCAGCCCGUCAGUGCCUGAGAUGCCGGCUCAGGCCUCCUCUGCUCUGGAUACCUCGUCGCCUCCCUCUCCUCCUGCCUCCACUCCUGCUGCAGGUGUUCCAGCGCCGCCCGUCUCCUCCGCCUCACUCUGUAACUCCUCCGCCUCUGUUGUGACGACCACACCCGGCGUGAGCUCUCUCCCCAUCUCACACGUCUCACCGUCCUCUCCCAGUCCCUCGCACACUAACUACCCCUCUUCCAGCCAGCCCUGUCAGCAGUCACACAAAAGUCUACCUCGCCUCGGUACCUGCAAAGAGGCCCAUCUGCUACCCCAGGAUCACAACCUUUGGUUGCCACGGAAAUCCGAACCCAAGCCAGAGGAGCAAGGUGCUGCUGAGCUGCUGCACGCUGGCUCUGGCUCCUCUGGCUCAAGAGCUGCACGCAGUCCUCUCCCUGAUAACAGUGCUCAACGUGUCCAUGCAGAAGCGCCCCCUGCUGGAGGCGGGGCCACGGGGGCCACAGGGGGGGCCACAGAAGGAGAGCCCUCACCCUCUUCACUGACCAACCUGAUCAACCAGCUGAAUCCUGAGAUGUUCAGCAACCUGGUGGAGAUCAUCAAGGGCGUGCGGAGGAACUCUGUUCAGUUCUACAUCCACUCCAAGGAGGGCGAGGACUGUGACGUCUGCACUGACAUCAAAGAGUAUCUGCUGCGUCUGGGAAAUGCAGAGUGUAACCCACAGCUGUUUUUGGAGGAAAAUAACGAUGCAGACAAACUUCUGAUCAUCAUUCGAAAUGAAGACAUCGCUUCUGAAGUUCAUAAGAUUCCUGCGCUGGUGAACAUGAAGAAGUUGCCAUUUGUGAGUUUUGCUGGCGUGGACAGCCUAGAUGACAUCAAGAAUCACACUUACAACGAGCUGUUUGUGUCCGGUGGCUUUGUGGUCGCGGAUGAGUUUGUGCUCGACCCAGACUUCAUCACAAAAGAGAAACUGCAGAAGCUUCUGGAACACCUCCAGCAGGUGAACACCCCAGAGAGCCCAUGGAGGUUGAAAGUGCACUGCAAAACUCAGAAGAGACUUCGGGAACAAAGCAGGGUGAAAGGCGAGGCUUUAGGCUUGUUAAACCUGCUGACGGCCUACCAGAAGAGGCAUGUGGUGGAGUUUCUGCCCUACCACGAGUGCGACGCCCCGACUAACGCUUCAACUGACCUGGCCUGCCUGGUGAAGCUGCAAGCACAACACACCCAGCAUCGACAUGUCAUUUUCCUCACCGAGCGUCACUUUGAAACACUGCAGCACUAUGCCAGUAGUGGGAUCGUGAUUGCCGCUAUCGAUGAUCUCAUGAACAACUUCAACAAGCUCAUCGGGUUCCAUGAUGGCCAGCCAAAAGUACAAGUUCUGGAAAAUCAGUCGCCUUGUGGAACACCAUCAUCAGUAACGUUACCACAGCACAAGGAGAGAAGUUUGGCUCUGGCCUCUGAGGAAGAAGAGCCCGAGGUCUGGACCAACGCCGCUCCCUAUGAAACCGUCCAUCAUUUUGCACCUCCAGACUCCAGUCAACCAACUCCAGAUCAGCUCGUUCCAGAGGGUGGCAACUCCUCAUCUAUCAGAGCAGGAUCUCAAGAACUGGACUUUGAUGCCCUUCGGGCGGCCAUUUCCCAGUUCAAAGCUGCCAAAGCAAGUAAAGACUGGACCACUCAAGGUCCUUUUAAUCUUAAUACCCACCAAAGCUUCCUCGGUGUGGGUUUGCCACCUGCACCUUGCAUCAAUGCUUUGGAGGGUGCCGAUUCUCCAACUUCAUCCUCCUUGGCUUUACAUGCUAGACAGCCUUCAGAGAGUCAAGUUGGUUCCCCGCUCAAGCUCCAUCAUCCUACACAUCGCAGAGGAUCCCAGGAGGAUCUCAGACUUUCUCAGCAGGUACAGGAGACUACAGUAACGACCUCCUCUUUGGAUUCUAGCAGCCCUACCUCACUCGGUGGCCACACGGACACGAACUGCAGGGAUUCUUCAUCUGGAGUGGAGAGUGCCAUGUUCUCACAUUUGUUGUCUUGUGAUGAUAAUGUGGAGCGCUUUGGCACCAGAGGCCAGAAGGACAGAACAAAAAUGCCCAUUUUCUCCCAAAGUGAAACGGUGUCUGGUGUGCCGCCACAGGAACACGAAUCUGCGCUCCCCUCAGGGACCAGUGCCACGACCUUUGAGGGCUUAAUUCAAACAUCAGAAGCAAACUCCAGUAGGGCUAACCAUCUGAAUAGUAGCAGUGGAACAGUCUCUCACACCACAGGUGUAGAGGAUGCUGAGACGGCCCCUACCCCUCUCCCUACUCCUGUGUCCAAGACCGCUUCUAAUCACCAGUUGGUAAAGCCUCCUGUUCCUUCGCUCCACAGCAAGCAGCCCGAGACGCCCACAUUCCUCCCUGGCCUUCUGCAACUUCCGACCGCAGCAAGCUUCAACAGAGAGAGCGCGGGGAUGUGGUCGUGUCCUCAGGGACCAUUAGCCAUGAGCAACCGUGGGCAUGACCUCAACGCUACCGCCACUGACCCCAGGGCUGCCAUGAUGCUCCGGCAUGUGAUGGGCAACACCUUUGGCAAUCGUCUGGGAGGUGUGGGCCCUCACGGGGGUCUCCUGCCCAUGCCCGGCGUGCCCAUGGCCUGGAAUGGGUAUCCAAGAGGGGGUGGCUCUGUAGGCAUGUGGGGAAUGCAGCAAGGCCUGCAGCUGAGACAGAUGCAGCAGCAAACACAGUACCUCCAGGGCCUCACCUGGAGGGGGGAUUUCCCAGGGCAGGGCCGUGGCUACCGGCCAUUCGGGGGGGACUAUAACAGCUUUUGAGCUGUGCCACAGUGUGUGUGUGUAUAUAGUUAUUUGUAAGUGCUUUGCAAACAAGACUUUUUUUUAAUUCAGUGAAGGAAAUAAUAAGUAAUUGCCCACUACAUUUAUAAGCUUCGUAAAACAAUUUUUGUACAGCUUUUUGAAUUGUUUGUUUCUGUGUUUUGUGUUAGGUUAUCUUUGUUUGGUUAUUCUGUCUAGUUUGACAUAUUUGUUUCAGGAACAACCAUGACCCCAGUUUUUAAGACUAGGCUGUAAAAGUAAUGUCAUUAAAAAAAAGAAACAAAGGUU